CUUUUUUUUGUAAUGUAUGUGUUUGUAAUCAAUUUAAAAAGAGAAAGCAAGUUUCUGCAAUUACAACCCCAGUUCAAACCAUCUUAGGAUAGAGACAGAGAAAGAGAAAAUCAACGGACUUUCUAAUUUUAUCCCCCGGCGGAAGUCCCCUGAUAAAGCAACUUCAAACACGGAAGUGCUUUUUAAAGCACAUUGAGAAAAAUACAAGAGUAACACUACUCAUCGACUUCCGAGUUCCUUUAAUAUCCCGGAACAGUGGAUUAACAAUAGAAACGACAGAAAUCUGCUAUAGCUUUGUAAAUUACUACGUAGCCCGUCAAUCUAACCCCCCUUUCAGUUUGCAAAGGGAAUCCCUUUUCAGGAUUCGUUCUUCCUUCCGCCAAACAAGAAUGGGAUGUUUGCCUUUCUGCUCUCCGAAAAACAAUGGGAAUGUCUGACGAACUUUGCAGCAUAUUAUCGGCAAUAGAUUGAACAAGAAGUAUCUUGGAAAUUCACUGGUUUAAAGGUUGCAUCUACCUACCAAAAAGGAGCAAUAUUUUAUUAAAAUAAUCUAAAACUGCUUUCACUGCUUCUGAAAAGAAAUGAGCUCAUCACACUGAACCCAAUGGUUUGAAAGAUUCUGAACAGCGCCAAAGCUUCCAUUGCUUUUGAUGCUUGAUUAUUUUAUUUCCUCAAAACAUGAUAUUCCAGUUCCCAUGGAAGAAAUGCUUCCCAUUAUAUUAUGUCCUCAAAGUUCCAGCUGCUGGCUUCAAAAGUACAAAGGAAAGAGGGCUUAUCCUACAGUCCGUGUCUCAGGAUGUUUACCAGAAUUUAGCAUUAGAGGAUUGGAUCCAUGAUAACAUGGAUUUAGAAAAGAGACAUGUUCUCCUCCUCUGGAGAAAUUCUUCUGCUGUAGUGAUCGGUCGGCAUCAGAAUCCCUGGCAAGAAUGUAACCUUGGAGUCAUGAAGCAGAAGGGGAUAAGACUUGCUCGAAGAAGAAGUGGAGGAGGUGCAGUUUACCAUGACACAGGCAACAUUAAUCUGACCUUCUUCACCGACAGAAAAAAAUAUGAAAGAAUUGAAAAUUUAAAACUAGUUGUCAAAGCUUUGAAGUCCCUGAGACCCCAGCUAGAUGUUCAGGCUACUGAGAGAUAUGAUCUCUUGUUAAAUAAAAUCUUUAAAAUUUCAGGAACUGCUGCAAAAUUAGGAAGAACAGCUGCUUAUCACCACUGCACUUUACUGUGCAAUACUGAUAAAUUAGUUCUAACAUCUGUGUUAAAGACUCCUAACAGUGGAAUCCAAAGUAACGCCACACCAAGUGUGCCUGCAUUAGUGAGAAAUCUCUGUGAAGAAGAUCCCACAUUAACUUGUGAAAUGCUUAUGGAAGCCAUUGCUGGCGAAUAUGCUUCACAUCAUCAUGCUGAAAACCAUAUCCAUGUCAUAAAUCCAGCCGAUGAAACAGAAUUCCCUGGAAUUAACAAUAAAGCCAUAGAAUUAAAAGCCUGGAAUUGGCUAUAUGGAAAAACACCAAAGUUCAAAAUCAGCACAUCCUUUAAUAUAGGACAUGAGGAAUCCAAUGUUGAAAUUCAGAUAAAUAUGGAUAUAAAGAAUGGUAACAUUGAAGCUUGCCAAAUAGAUGUACCUCAGAACUGGCUGCCACUGGAUGUGUGUGUGGAACUCGGGAACAGCCUGAUUGGCAACAGGUUUUACCCAAAUGAAAGCAUUGCCAUGGCAACUGCUUUGCUGAGAACUUGGGCAGAUUCUACAUUACACAGCAAAUUGCAUAUCUUAUGUGAGAAGAUUGUAACAUUAAUGUAACUUUUAUGUGAUGAACUGGAUUCUUGGAUAUAAAGUUAGUAGUUUGUUAAUA